CUGUGGGGUGUUUGUGUUGCAUUAAGUGUGGGGAGCAGAGGUAUGGUUCUGUGUUUCGGGUGGUGUCUGAGGGGCAUGUACAUGUGUGUUGUGAGGUGAGUAGAUUUUUUAUGUGCGCUAUGUGAAUACUGUAUGUGGAGUGUAUAGUAGGUUACUAUGAAUGCAGUUGAUCCUGCUCCCCGCAGGGGGCAAGCCUAUGGAGACCCAUGAGGCUACAUGAUUGAAAUAAGAAAAAGCACGAACACACUUUGGAAGAGCUCAAAAACCUUAACUGCUCUAAUAAGUAAUUUGAGAAAGAGUGAACAAGGCCUUGGUUCUAUGUUGGUCUCUUUAUUGGGCAGUAUUUCUCUGGGUUAGGAGGGAACACUGAUAAGGGGCUCAGGGUGGUCGCCACAGGGGGCUGAGAGCCAAAUCAAGUCCUUAUCCGAGGAGCCUGCGGGCGGAAAGAGCGCGAGUGAGCCUGGCCUCACUCGAGGAACCUGGGAAGAGCACGGAUGGCGGGGCGGAGGUUGGAGAUGGUUGCUCCGCUAGCUGGCGGGCGAGGUUCAAGUGCAGAUUGGAAACCGGGAUAAGGGCUGGGGCAAGAUUCCGAAGGACUGGGAGGGGCCCGGCGGGGGCGGAAGUGUGCUGUUGUGAGAAUGGAUGGGGCGGGGCUAAAGUCUGGGGGGGUAGGAUUAAAAGCUGGGGGUAGGUCUGGAGAGGAAUUAGGGAUGUGACUGAGGGCUGGGCCUGAGAGGCCGAGCUAAAGUUUAGGCCUGACUGAGAUAACAGGGAAGGUAGCAAAGUGGGACAAAGAGGGAGGAGCCUGGUAGGAGCUGGGGGGCAACGGAUGAAGAGCGAGGCUGAAGCUUAGACGUGAGCUGAGUAGACAAAGCGGCCUAGAGCGGGGGCGGGGGAGGUGGGUAGAAAGGUUGGGCAAACAUGAGGCGGACAGGGGUGAAGGGCUGAGAUGAGGGUUUAGGGUCGGCUCCGCCAAACAGGUCCUGGGUUGGACUUCGGCGAGGUCGAGUCUUGUAGAGAGGAAGAACUGGGCUGAGAGCGAUGUGGGUCAGGACGACAAUGACGGUUGAAAGAUGGACAAAGAAAAAGACUAAGGACAAUGACAACACCUGGGAUGAGAGCAGCAGUGAUAUAAACAGGUUACCCGGCUGGGAAAGAGGACAUCUGCGUGUGGCGUCUAGCACUGAUGCAUCAUCUACUCUCUCCUCUGAAGGUGACUUCAAGGACACCGACAGGUGCUGUUGGAAACACAAACAGUGCACUGGGCACAUCAUCCGCCCCUUCCCCUCUGACUGCGGCCACCACAACCUGCACCUGCACUCUGUCAGCCACUGUGACUGUGAUGCUAGGGCGAAGGAGUGCUUAGAGAAGACAAAUAGCAGCAGCUCCCGAGAUGUAGGCCCAACCUGCUCCCGAGAUGUGGGCUCAACCUGUUUCAACAUCAUCCAGACCCCUUGCUUUGAGUGCAUCCCAGAGGAAGAGUAUGUGGAGCGCUUCUGGUACGGCUGGUGCAAAAGCUACAGGCCUCUUUCUGUGGCAGUGAUCCACCAUCCCAUCCACCACAAGUGUGGGGCAGAUGACCUGAAUGAAGAGGAGGAGGAGGAGGAGGAGGAGGAGGAGGAGGAGGAGGAGGAGGAAGAAAGCAAGCCUCCCAUCCCAACCCAGGUGGGGCCUACCACACCCACUGAUGCAGGCAUAGGCACGGGUACAGUCACAGGGACCCCUGACUCGGCAGCUCCCAUCACCAUCUGGCGCUCUGAGAGCCCCACAGGGAAGUCCCAGGGCAGCAGGGUUAAGAAGCUCAAGAAGAAAAAGGAAAAAGACAAAGACAAGGAGGAGGACGUGGACGAGAAGGCAAAGCUGAAGAAAAAAGUCAAGAAGGGCAACAAGCUGACUAAGAAGAAAAGCCCAGUUAAAUCGGACUCUUCACCUCCAGACUUGAGCAGAUCAAUAAGCCCAAGGGAGCUGGCCAGGAUGUCAGAGUCCAGUCCAGAGAGCCGGGAAGAUCUGGAGAGCGUCGACAGUUACAGUGACCCCAGGCAGGGAGAACCCUCCAGUGACGAUAUUGUGCAAUCUUCAUUGCCCAGGAAGAGAGAGAAGAACACAGUCCAGGCCAAGAAGCCUGGGGCGAAGGCCUCUCCAGUCAAGGUCAACAAGAGGAAAUCUCCCCCAGCAUCAAACCCCAAUCUCAGUUGAGGCCAGGGCCACCAGGGUGAAGAAUAAACACGAUCAAGCCUGUAACUGA